CCCUCCUCCCACCGAGAAUGGUCCCUCCGCUGCAGGCGUGCGCGCCACAGUGCGGGAUACACCACACGGUGCAGGCGCCGGCUGAUCACACGGUGUGGCUGGACAGGACGCAGGCGCUGGCCGCCACUCCUCUGUACAACGGGCACCUUUAUGUCACGACCUCCCCUCGCUCCAGCAGGAGGGGGGACAAACCCAAGGCCAAAGAGAGGAAGUGUGACAAAAGAUCAGGAGGGUUGAGACAGAACCCAACACACAGGGAGAGAAAUUACCAAGGCAAAGUUAAAAGCGUAGGGUCGCACAGACUGCAGGAGAGGGUCACGUCUUUCACUGACGUGCCCAUGUCGCCUUGUGCGUCACCUUUCAAGGGUCCCUGCAGGUCGCAUCUAGAUAUUCGAGAUGCUGACGGUCGAGGACGUCACCGACCGGGCCGAGUUUCUCUGGAGUUGCAGGACCGCCAGAGUCUCCCGGAGAUAAUCAUCACCAGCAGGGACGACAGCCUCCACCAGCAGGCCGAGGCCUACCAUCAGGAGCGUCGCGCCAUCAAAGGCCUGCUGCCCAGAUCCGAGUUCCCCGGUCGGAGUCCCAGCGGCAGUCCCCAGCACAGUCCGAAGCGUAAGCUGAACGCAAAGGACGACGCGUACUGGAGGACCCACAACAUCGGCUGGCGCCUCCUCCACAGGAGGUCCCUGUUUCUGAGGAGGCAGCGGCUGAACGACUGCGCCCUGACGGUGGGGCUCUUCGGCGUGGUCAUGAUGGUGCUGGAGACGGAGCUGUCUUGGAGCGUCUACAGCAAGAGCUCCAUCUACUCCCUUGCAAUCAAGUCGGUCAUCAGUUUUUCCACACUUAUCCUGGUGGGCCUCAUCAUAGCGUACCACUGCUGUGAAGUGCAGCUCUACGUUCAUGACAUCGGAGCAGAGGAUUGGCGCAUCGCCAUGACUACAGACCGCUUUGCCCUGAUAAUACUGGAACUGCUGGCAGUGGCCAUUCAUCCGUACCCAGUGGGUCUGAUGGCGUACUUCCAGCAGACCAAAGCCCGCCUGACCCUGUCCGAGACCGAGCUGGAGAUCGUCCUGGCCUUGCCCAUGUUCCUGAGGCUCUACCUGCUGGGCCGGGCCAUGAUGCUGCACAGCCGCCUCUUCACAGACACCGCCUCCCGCAGCAUCGGCGCGCUGAACAAGAUACACUUCAACACGCGGUUUGUGGGGAAAACACUGAUGACCACGUACCCGGGAACGGUGCUCAUGAUUUUCAGUGUUUCUCUCUGGAUCGUGGCAGCGUGGGGUUUACACGUUUGUGAGAGACACCACAACUACCGGGACCUGAGCAGUAACUACAUGGAGGCCCUGUGGAUGGUUUCUGUCACCUUCCUGUCCAUCGGUUACGGGGACGUGGUUCCUCACACCUACUGCGGGCGCAGCAUCUGCCUCCUCACCGGGAUCAUGGGAGCGGGCUGCACGGUUCUGGUGGUGGCGGUGGUUGCCAGGAAACUGGAGUUAACCAGGGCAGAGAAACACGUCCAUAACUUCAUGAUGGACUCCCAUAUCUCCAAGAGGAUAAAAAUUGCUGCUGCAAAUGUGCUGAGGGAGACUUGGCUCAUCUACAAGCACACAAAGCUGGCAAGAGAGAAGGACCACACCAGAGUCCGCAUGCACCAGCGCAAGCUCCUGCUGGCCAUCCACGAGCUGCGCAGGAUGAAGAUGGAGAAGAGGAUCCUCGUGGACCAGGGAAACACACUGGUGGAUCUGAACAAGAUGCAGAACCUGAUGGACGACGUGCUGUUCGAGGUGCAGGGCUGCAGGGGCGAGCUGGACUCUCACAUCCACAGCCUGGAGAAGCACGUGGAGGAGCUGAGGGAGGGCUUCCGGAGCCUGAUGCCGCUCCUCUCCAGCACCCUGUCCACCCAGAACUCCUCCAUCCGACACCUGCUCAGGGAGAGGGAGGAGAAGACCGAGGCGGCCGGCGCCACUGGAGGAGACAGGUAGAGCAGGAC